AUGGGUGACUCAGCCAAACUUCUCAAGGUGGUAGAGGAGAAUGCAACACGCCAGGAGAAAAAGAUCUGGCUGGACCUUCAGUUCCUGCCGGACCCUGUAUUUGAAGGAGAGGUCUUGACUCUGAAAUGCCAGGGAUGGAUGCACACACAGCUGUCCCAGGUGAUGUUCUACAAAGAUGGAAAACCCCUCGAUUGCUCUAAGAACCACCAAGUUUGCUUCAUAGAGACAGCAACAGUGGAAAACAGCGGCCAGUAUAGCUGCAAAGGACAGAAGACGUAUACCACACGCUGGCUCACGUACACCUCAGAGGCCAUCAUGGUUCAAGUCCAAGAGCUCUUCCUGCCUCCUGURCUGAGUGCCAUCCCCUCUCCUGAACUUGGCGAGGACAGCCCAUUGACCCUGAGAUGUCAGACGAAGCCGCAUCCCCAGAAGUCCUCCUGGCAGCUCUUCUUCUCCUUCCAUAAGAAUGGCCACACUUUGCAGGAAAGGAGUCUCCACCCAGAGCUCUCCAUCCCAGAAGUCAAGGAGAGAGACUCUGGGCUUUACUGGUGUAAGGUGGCCCUUGAGGGUCACAGGGUCCAGAAACAGAGUCCUCCGMUGGAGAUCAAGGUGCAGGCUCCUGUGUCUCGUCCUCUGCUCACUCUGCAACCCAGGGCUGCUGGCCUUGCGGUGGGGGACGUGGUGGAGCUCCACUGUGAGGCUGAACGGGGCUCCCCUCCCAUCCUGUACUCGUUCUAUCUCAACGGGGAGAUCCUGGGGAACUACUCAGCUCUCCACRGGGAAGCCGCCCCCCUUCGCUUCCUACUGAAGUCAGAGCAGGACGCUGGGAACUACACCUGUGAGGCUGAGAACAUCAUCUCCAGAGCCAGCAGUGGGCCUGUAAAGCUCUCUGUGAAUGGUUCUCAAGACAUGUCCACCUUUGUCAGCAGCAACCGGCUGGUUGCCUGGCUCCUUGCAUGUAUGCUGGGCCUGAUGGUCAUUGCUGCUGGACUUCUAGCUUAUUUCAGACCUUGGAGGAAAGCUGGGACCCUUCCAUCCCGGAGUCUACCCUCAGCUCCAGGAGGAGAGCAGUGCCCGCUGUAUGCAAAUGUACAUUACCAGAAAGACAAAGGUGAAAAUGUUACCUACUCUCUGGCGCAUACCAAGAGGAAAGAAGGACAAUUCUGUCUACACAGAGAUGACCCACUCUCGGCCCAAGAAACGUCCUGCAAAGAAUUGAACCCAAGAAGCCAGGCACACCAAGAUCUCUUCGGUGACUGCAAGGAUGUUCUCUACCAGUGA